UCAUCUAUUAUGUAUUGGAGUUUUUUAAAACGCAAUCUGAGAGAUAGAUCCAGUAGACAAACAAAUUGUUCUGGGUCACUAGUUGACAAUGUUCCUGAUCACAGAAUAAGUAUUUAAAAAAUCUAUAAGGCACAGGAAUAGACCAGUCUUUUAAUCCUUCAUUAAGAAAACUCAAUUAUCAUUUGAAUGAAGUUGCAUUGAUCAAAUUUAGAACGCUGAUCAUGUGCAGGACUGUGAUGUAAGAAUAUCAAGUUACUCAACAUUACCAGAACAGGGAAGUUUAUCUAAUGAUUGGUUAGAAGUUUUGAAAAUAUUCUAUGAUGGACCAUGAAUAUAUUUGUUUAAAUAAUUUUCGUUGAAUGUUGAUGUCUGUGAACAAAAACAAUGGAGAGUGAUGUACUUAUUUGCGGAGAAUUUAAAGGAUGUAUUUGUACAAAUUACUAUAUGUUGACUUGAUGAUAGCAUAUUUCUCUGUCUAUGGAUAAGCAGGGGCAUAUGUCAGCUGCACACAGGAAAUAUCAUCUCAGACGUGAGUUCAAGGGGUCAGAUCCUGAUAUAGAGAGUGAUUCACAGCUCCCCGCUCACCGAGCAGCGGCUAAAGGGGAGAUAAUUGCUCUCGUUAAGGCCAUCAAACGGGACCCCAGCUCUCUAGAGCUAGAGGACAGUGAAGGCUUAACUCCCUUGGGGCAUGCUGUAAAGUCCAAACAGCUAGAAGCUGUGAAGCAAAUCAUCAAGAUGGGGGGAAAUAUAAACACUCAGGACUGUCAGGGAAGAACUCCACUGGCCAGAGCAACAUACGAGGGUUGGUUUGAAGGAGUGAUAUAUUUGCUUAGAAAAGGUGCAAAACAGAGCAUAGCUGAGAAAUCAGGGAGGACGCCUCUACAUGCAUCUACCUACGACAAAGAUGUCAGAAUUAUUGGUGCUUUACUGCAGACUUUGUCUAAGGAAGAAGUUGUCAAAGAUGACAAUGAGAAAAUGACGGCCCUCCAUUGGGCUGCCUUCCACAACAGACCAGAACAUCUACAGCUGUUACUGAUGAGUGGGGCGGUCAUGCAUUGUCAGGAUAUUGAUGGAAAAACACCACUACACUGGGCUGCAGAGAAAGGUAGUGUAGAGUGCUGCCAUCUCCUGCUGCAGUGCUGUAAGGGGCCCAGCCUUGUCAACCAACAAGACCACAGCAGCAAGAACGCCAUACACUACGCCGCGGCCGCCGGUCACUGUCUGUUGCUAAGGGAACUGGUCAGUGUGGAGGGGGCUGACCUAGAGGCUGAGGACCCGGAUGACAGGACCCCACUCCACUGGGCCGCAGCUAUGGGUCACACCCAGUGUGUUAAUGUACUGCUGAAUAUGGGGGUCACGCCCAACCCCACAGACAUUGAAGGAGGGACCCCGCUAGAUUAUGCCAGAAAGACAGGUCACAAAGAAUGUGUAAGGCUAUUGGAGGAGAAAAUGGGAAUCAAGGGCAGUAACAUUGUAAACAGACGAUCAAAAGUGAAAAAGUCUGACUCCAACCGCAAUCCAUUUGGGAAACUCAAAGACCUCUUCCGACCCCGAAACAAGAAGAUUUCUUCCACCCCAACCUCCGACGCUACAAGUGACUCUAUAGAAAUGAGGUCAUUUGACAAGCAGUCCGGGACCACUUCCAUGUCAAACUCCGAGCGAUCUCUGAAAGAACUGGCCAAGAGAGAGGAAUCGCGGCCCUCGUCAAAGUCACAGAGCCUCGAAAACCAAAUAAAAUCACCCGUCACCCCCACCAGUGUCAUAGUGCCAAAAAUCGUCCUGUCCACAUUUGAUGAGACAGAGGAUGACAAUGCAUUGCUGAAACAGAGAAAAAGCAGGUCAAGGCGACACAAAAAGAAACGCUCACACAGACAGACAUCAGCAACAACAACAUUUGAAGAAAACUACGACCUUCACACUGGCAGCAGUUUCAUCAAGGACAAAAAUCGCCUUGACAACCAGAAUAUUGGUGUUGGCAUGGGAACCAGCAACCUGCUCCCUCCUGUGAUGAGUCCCAGGAUGUCACCUCUACCCCCCUCCCCCAUCCCUCAGGACCUCCCCAAAACACCCCCACCUCGCAAAUCCUCCAGGGAACUGGCUCCUCUUAGGGUACCUCAGAUCAAGUCUCCUGUCCCUCCACCAAUUCCAAGCAUCCAGACCCCCGGAAUAUUGUAUGAUGAUGAGGAUUCAUCAUCCCCAAAUGCUUCUCCUCCCUUUUCUGGAUACAGACGAAUUGACAGUGGAGUGUCAGUUGCUGUUCCACAGCUUUCACAAGAGCACCUUCACAGACAACUUAAAUCAGAGACAAAGUCACCUCACCAGGCCACGUCACCAUGGUUACAGGUCCAGCCGAUUCAGAGAGACCCAUACGAACGUCGUCUUUCAGGAAGUUCCCAAGCCUCCUCUACACAAGGAGGCAUGGAUCACAAUGACUUCCUGUCUGUGUCUUCUGGUCAAAGGUCAAGGUUAUCAUCUAUCUCACAAGGUUCCAUCCAAUCAGGUCAUAGGUCAAGGUUAUCUUCCAUAUCGCCAGGGUCAGCUCGCAGUGACGUCAGUGUCAGAUUGACCUCUAUCACCCCCACUCAUUAUGGCUCCCCCAAGCCUGUGUCAUUAGUAGGGUCACCAAGUCCCCCACAAAUAUCAAAAAUAGAAAAACGGACAAUGGACCGUAGAAUUCAUAGUCUACUUCAUUAACAUACACAAGCUUCAUUAUUUGCUUCUUUGAUAAACCAAGAACCUACAAAGAGAGAUAACUGUCUAAGUAAUUUGAUAACUUUUUUAACUAAUGUGUAAUUGCUAACAGUCACAUUUUUUUUUCAAUUUGUAUGCACACAAAAUUGCAAUGUCAUUUUUUGGAUAACAUUCAUUGUUAACAUUUAUUG